AUGCUGGCUGAUAAUCUCCCGUUCGAUGACUUUGCACAUAAGCUGAGUGUUAUUGUGUUAGCGCUGGCCUACACACCAGAUGUCCAGGAGUUGUUUCUCGUCUCACAGGGAGGAGAGGCAGUGGGCGUUGGGAGUGUGGGUGGUUCCAGCAGAUCUCUGGCCUAUAUUCUGUCUCUGAGCGUCUUGUCUCCAGGGCCCAUGCAGGAGACUGUGUUCGACUUCUGGCGGAUGGUCUGGCAGGAGAAUACCGCGGCUAUCGUCAUGGUGACCAACCUGGUGGAGGUGGGGCGGGUGAGUGCCGGCAUCUGUCCUGGCAGCACAUCUGUCCCAGGAUCAGUCAUGUCACACGGGAUUACACCAAACACACGGGCGAUCAAAGCAACACCUGUUGGAUUGUAG